AAGAGGUCCUUUUCAGUAUCAGCAAUGUCAAUGUCGUUCGCGGCAUCGGGGAUGGCACGAGAGCCAGCCUUAUCGACACGCAAUAUCUAUCUCCGUUCGUUGUCGAAUUACAGUCCGCUUCGCUAACACGGUAUCGUCGGGGAAUUAGCAUUUCGUCGGCGGAUGUAAUAACGAGCAGCUUCUACCAAUUUCACCAUAGUAAUCCAUAAAUACUUAAAGUGGGGGCUGGAAAUCACGAAAUUGAAUUAGCUCAUCGCCCGGAACGACGCGCAUUGGAAAAGGAAAUUCCGAAGUAGAGUCGUAUUCUUCAGAGAAAUUCGCGCGAAGGAAUGAGAGGAAGAAGCUACGUGAAACUUGCUGUGAUCUGUACAAGUAUUCAAAUAAAGGAUUUCUGCCAACUCGUUCCGAAUGUCAGUGAGAUUUGCCGCGAGUGUAUUAAGAAUAUCGACCUCUUCUGAAGUUCUAAUAGACCUUGCCUUCAUACCGAAGCUACAUGAAUAGACCACGCGGACACCAUAACUCAUAAUUUAGGUACGGUGCUGACAAAUGGUGACAAAGAAGAAGAGCGUGCGGGCAGGUUACCGAGGAGGGGAGGGCAGAUAUUUGUGCUAUUGUUAUCCUUUUCCUGGGGCCUGGGGCACGAGAAGUCGGUCAGUUAUUGUCCUGCAUAUCGAUACAAAAAAAGGAAAAAAAAAAGGGGAGAAAGCUGGCGGAGUGCAACGAUUAACCCUUUUGUUACGGAGAACCAUCAUAAUGGCUUUCUACAUUCAUAGUGCACGAAGAGUCAGUGUAACUGGUUCACAAAAAAUUCUGCACCUUAGAUAAUGAAAGAUAAUGUCAUAUCAUCAUGGCGAUAAUAUUAUCUAACGUUAUCAAUUUGCGAUAAUACAUGCGGAUGUUGAUCUACCAGCUAACUGUAAUUAAAUUGAAUAUCACUGCAGGUAAAACAAGGUUAAAUCGCAUUUCUUCGACAUAAUUGUAGUUAUCGCGAGAACCGUUUCGUGUGUUAUUCCUUGCGCAAAUAAUAGCAGCAAAAAUUGGUAUCUCUAUCGUACUAAAGUGACUGUAUGAGAAAAGCCUCAUUCAGCGUAAUGCCGCAACCUUGCCGAUUGAUCAUCCGCGUUCAAGUGCAAGUGUACCAAGCAAUACGUCAGAGAGACCAUUCGGUUAGAUAAAGUCGCGAUCGCAUAACCUCAGGGGAAACUUCGACCUUUUUUCUCUACAUUCCGCAUCGGGCUAAGUCACAAUGAGUUCGACGCAAUAAAACGACGAAUUUAUCUAUAGAAGACGGGCAAACCGAUUUUCAUUCACUGUGCGAAGUGGUCCAACCGGAAGUGGCACGUGUCGAUAGAAGGAAUCGUCGAGUCUACGGAAGUGAGAUACGCGCGCACCCGUGCAAGAUUGUUCGAUUACGCUCGAUUGUAACGUUAAAAAAGUCAAGAGGCAUCCGGUGAACUAUGAUACGUACCAGAUUUCUUAUUCACAAAAUCAAUGGCUCGUGGUUUUCGUCAAAGGUGCAAUGUCGUGCAAAGUCGGUCGUGGCAUAUCCGAUCGAACAUAACGAAACGAAAGAUGUGAACAACGAAAUGCAAUAUGCGCGGCCGACCAAAGAUAUUCCCGGCCCGAAAGCGUUGCCUUUGCUUGGCAAUUGGUUCAGAUUCCUACCAUACAUAGGUGAAUAUAGCAAAGCAGAUGCUGUAACACAAUUACGGAUGAUGCAUGAUCAGUACGGCGAUAUCGUUAAAUUAGACCAGAUAGGAUUUCGCCGAUCGCUCAUCUUUCUGUUCUCACCGGAGUUAUGCGAAAAAAUGUAUCGGAUGGAAGGCACGUGGCCGCAGCGAAUUGCUAUGGAGACUCUACAUUACUAUCGCAAGAACAGGGAACAUAUCUACAACGGGCAGUACGGCCUCGCAACAAGCCAGGGCAAAAUAUGGCACGACUUUCGAUCGAAAGUCAAUCCGUACAUGAUGCAACCGCGAACGGUCAAGGCGCACGUGGCGCAGAUCAGCGAGGUGACCGGCGACUUCGUGAAGAAGAUGCGAGCGCUGCGGGAUUCCGAGACCUUGGAACUGCCGAAGGGGUUCAACAACGAAUUGCUAAAGUGGGCCUUAGAGUCAAUAUGUUCGAUCGCGCUGGAUUGCCGGCUAGGGUGCUUGGACUCUAAUCUCGCCGCGGACUCGGAGCCGCAAAUAAUGAUUAAUUGCGUACGCGAGAUGUUCGAUCUCAUGUACAGCAUGGAAGUUCAGCUGUCUCUGUGGAAGGUAUACAAUACGCGGAAUCUCAAGAAGUUCUUCCGCGCGCUGGAUACGCUUAAUGGAAUUGCCACGAAACACAUCGAGCGGGCUAAGGCCAAAUACGAGACAAUGGACGAUAGCACAAAUCUGCAUAAUCGUAGUAUAUUAGAGAAACUUUUGCGGAUCGACAAGCAAACGGCACAGGUAAUGGCGCUCGAUAUGCUUACGGCUGGUGUUGACACGACUGGCAACGUGUCCGCCAGUUUGUUAUAUUACAUCGCAAAUAAUCCGGAGAAACAGGAAAAACUGCGGGAAGAAGCAAUAUCCGUGUUACCGGACAAAACAUCACCCGUCACGCCGGACAUAUUAAAUCAGACGAGAUAUUCUAAGGCCUGUAUCAAGGAAGUCCUUCGAUUGUUCCCCAUCGCUGUAGGCAAUCUUAGAACUAUGCAAACGGACGUUUGCAUAGGAGGAUACAAAAUACCAGCAGGGUUCGAUGUCGCCGCUUGUCAUUCUCUGAUCGCGCAAAAGCCCACGCAGUUUUCGCGAACGGAGGAAUAUAUUCCCGAGAGGUGGUUGCGGGGCAACACGGAGUUUCCAUCAGCCAAGGAGGCGCAUCCCUUCGCGUACAUGCCUUUCGGAUUCGGCCCUCGCACCUGCAUCGGUCGACGAUUCGCCGAAAUGGAGCUCGAGACGUUGCUCUUGACAGUCAUACGAAAUUUCCGGAUCGAAUGGCAUCACGGACCGCUCGAGAUAGAAAGCCGAUUUAUAAACAAUGUGACGACACCGUUGCAAUUCAAGCUCAUCGACUUGUAGAUCGUUACCAAAUCUUUCCACGAAAUCGAUCCACGUGUCACCACGGAGAAAGCGGUCCAGAAAGGUGUCCUGCCGACGUCUUGCGCAAUUUUUUCCCUUUAAUAAUUACGACAAAUGUCUGUGCAGCCGCUGGUUGCACAAGCGUCUAACCGAAGAAACCCGACCGAGAAGUGGAGAAGAUGAGACAUCGACCAACCACAAUUCUUACAAUUUUAAUCUACGCCCGAGGACAGAAAGUGCGACAUUUCACCGGAAUUUUUUAGCGCGAAAGCUACAAAUUUUUAGCAAGCUCGUAGAAAAGCGGUCGCGCAUGUGUGCGCGCUCGCGUUUAAAUGGCAUAAAAAUACGAGAGAUAUAAAGCUAUAAAUUGUACGUAUUGUUGAAAUUUUCUUUAGCAAACACCAACGUACCUUUUCAUACUUAUCUUUUAUUCGAUAGCCUUGGGGAAAGCAUAUUAUGAUACUAUUUUAUACGUAUUUAUAAUGACAAUAAAGCUAAAAAUAUUUAUCAGUGUU